AUGUUUUAUUCUCUCUUUCAGGCUCGAAACAUCCAAACGGGAGAGCUUGCUGCUGUUAAGAUUAUUAAACUGGAGCCAGGGGAUGACUUCUCCAUCAUCCAGCAGGAGAUCUUCAUGGUGAAGGAAUGCAUGCACCACAACAUAGUGGCCUACUUCGGGAGCUACCUCUGCCGGGACAAGCUGUGGAUCUGUAUGGAGUACUGUGGGGGAGGAUCUCUACAGGACAUAUAUCAUGUGACGGGUCCCCUAUCAGAGCUGCAGAUAGCCUACGUCUGCAGAGAGACCAUACAG